AUGAAUAGCGUACAUAUAAUUAGACCUUUAUCGCUUCCUCAGAGACUAUUUAAUUGCCUCUUUCAUCCUUUAUUACUGGUAUUUUUCACCUCUGUAAUCUUAACUAUUUGGGGAACCUUUUCAGUGAUAGAUGUCACAACGACAAAAAUGUCUCAUACACAAAUUAAACGGAACGAUACCAACACAGCUCUCGUAUCUAUUUCUGCAGCUACGGCAACCGCUACGGCAACCGCUACGACGACAGCUACAAUAACAGAAUUUGCAAUACAGCAGGCCACACAUUCCGCCAGCACUUAUUCAUUAAAUAACACAUUCAUUGAUGACACAAUUGAACAGUAUUUUGAAAGGAAACUACAGGGUAUUGCAUCCAUAAUAGAAACGGAUAUGCAAGAAAGAUUCAGAUCGCACACGGAAAAUAUAUUGAACAAUAAGCAGAAAAUUAUCACCGAUCGAAUCAGUUUGGCAACUGAUUCGAUAGAAAAUGUUCUUGAAGUGAACAGUACCAUCUUCAACGAUUUAUUUAGUAAGUCCAACCUAAUAAAUGAAACAUGGAAUGAAAUAUCAGAAAAUGCCAUGACCAUCGAUGAGGAUUCGGUUUCUCAAAUGGCAUCAAAUCUUUUUCUAAAUUAUUCUAUGUUUGAUGGGAUUUUUCAGAAUUAUUCCAGAAAAUUGGUAUCGCUGCAGAUGUUCAACGGUACUAUUACUGAUUUUUCUAUUCAAUUAGGUUCCACCGGUGCUCUUAAUUUGGGUUUCUUACGAAAUUCAACCGAUUGGGUUCAAUUAAAGAAAAAUUUUACUACAAGUCUACAGAAUGAAUUUUCCGUUUUAUCUGAGAAGACCACUAACGCCAAGUCAUAUACUUCAAUUGCUAAACGGUCUUCAAAAGUAAAAAACAACAAAAAUGGCCAUUUUAAUGCAGUAAAAAAAAACAUUUUCAAUAAAUGUCAAAAAAUGACGGUAAUUUUCACAGUAAUGUAUUUUGCAUGUGCAGUUCUACUCAUGAUAAUUGAAAGGUUUACAUUUCAGCUGGAAAACCAGCAUAUGAAUCUUGUUAUUUCUCAGAUUAAUGAUUCCAAGGAACACGCCAAUUUCACCCAAUACAAUAAACUAUUGAAAAGCUUGAUAGCCACUUCAAACCUCUGCGUACGAUAUCCAAUCCCCUACCAAUUAACAACACUUAUAAAACAAAAAAUACUGAAAAAGGAACCAGAAAAGUUUGGUGACAGAAAGAUCAAACGAUCUAGACUAUUUUACUGUAACUGGUGGAUUAUCUCGAACGGAAUUCACUUGUGGCUUUUUGGUUUAUUGAUGUUAUUGAUUCAUUGGAUAAUCGUGUCAAGACUAACAAACUUCGAAAUAUCUGACAUGCUUGCAUUGGAUAAAAGAGCGGCGCCCUCAUUUUACAAGAGGGAAGUUUUGGCAGAUACAUAUAUAGCUGCUGCGGUGGAUGACCUUAUUGAUGAUAAUAUAUGGUUAUUAUGUGAAAAUUUCCAAUCAGAAGUGAAUGAAAGGUUAAUUCCAGCGAAUCUAACCCCCCAAAUCCACUCCAAUUUCAAAGUUCAAUCAGCAGACAUACUAGGUUAUUGGAUUAACGAUACAAACGCUCAAUUUAAGAAUUAUCUUGCCGCGAGUCCUCGAAAUUGGCAGGAAAUAGAACUUCAGGUUGAGCCUCUCUUGAGCACCAACUCUACCACCGAGUUUCUUAAUCAGUAUUCGAUGCCCAUAAAUGCAGUCACCAAUACCAACACUUCAUUGGCACUGGAAAUUCAAAAAAAUGGAAUUAUCGUUCAACGAGCUAAUACAAGCAACACUACAGUAGCAACAUUUUCUUCGUUAGUAAAACGUCAAGAAAACAACCAGGAGCAGAAAGAGACACAUUCUCCGCAUAUUGUUUACAAAUGGGGACUUUUAGUAGUCUUUUUGGUUAUUCUAUUACAUCAUAUGCUCACAUUCAUAAUAUUAAAGCUGUAA